UUGCCCAAUAGAACCGGGACAACAGUUCAGGAUGAAAGCCACCGUCGUUUGCUUGUUGGUACUCGUAGUCGCGGUCUGCGCCAGGGACAUGCGCCUCAGGCGGGACCUCGAUUUACAAACUGCAGCUUCCACAAAUGGGAGAAGGGUGAUGGCGGAGAAUAUCAUGGACAUCACCACGACGAGCACGGUGGACACGGUGAGAAGGGAUACAAAGGAUACCAUGGUCAUGAGCACGGUAAAAAAGGACACUCCGACCACGAAGGACAUAAAGGACACUAUGACGAAAGCGGAGGACACAAGAAACACCAUCAUCACGACGAUGGCUACUACGAUGAACAUCAUCAUGGCGAGAAAGGCGAAAAAGGUCACGGUUUUGAAGAAAAGGGACAUUUUCACAAGGGCCAUUCCACCAAAGGACAUCACGGUAUCCACAAAAUAGACGAGUUUAAGAAAGAUAAACAUUUCCAUGAUAAACACGGUGAAUCAGGAUUCGAAGAAGGAUACGGUGGACAUCACCACGAAGGAGGUUACAAAGAGGGUGGACACUUCGACAAAGGACACAAAGAAGGUGGCUUCCAUGAACAUGAGCACGGUAACAAGGGCUCCUUUGAAAAGGGUGGUCAUCACCACGACCAUAAGGGUCACCACGAUGAAGGUGCCGGGCACGAGUACUGGGGACACCAUGAGGACCACGGCAGCAAGGGAGGUCAUGAGGACCACAAAGGUUGGGGCUUUAAGAAAGGUCACAAAUAA